AUGCCGCUGGCUUUGGCCGUGUUGUGGCUGUAUGGCACGGCCUCGCAAACCCUGGUGGCGAAGUACAUGAUUGCCGUGCCAGACGCGUCAGCCGCGGACGAUCGCCACACUGCAUUAUAUAUGGCGCUACUUUGGAACACCGCAAAACUCGUAUGGGCCUUGGUCUUAUGGGCGGCGCCGAAGAUAAAGGAUCGUACUUGCACGUACGUACGACGGACCAAGGCACUCACCUCGACCCACCCGGACGCCCCCGAGUGUUUCGUCUGCGACGGCCGGCUCUACCACGAAAUCAAAGUUAUCGACGGCCAAGCGGCGAACGGCGAGGAGGGAAAACAACCUGGAAAACACGCGGCGGUCCUGACCGCCAGUGGCACAAUCAUGCCCGUCAGUGGGCACGUGCUGGUCGGCGGCAUUGUGACCAGUGGGAUCUCUCUUCCGGAUGAGGCAUCCCAUCUGGAGGCAUCCCAUCUGGAGGCAUCCCGUCUGGAGGCAUCCCGUCCGGAGGCAUCCCAUCUGGAGGCAUCCCACCUGGAGGCGUCCCGUCUGGGGGCGUCGCAUCUGGGGGCACCGGAUGAGCUGUCUCCCGGUGGCGCAUCUCGGAAGCAAACGUCAAUGGAUGCAGCCUCAAGACCAGGCUCCAGGAAGAUACGAUCCACCAAUUCGCUGCGAUCCAUUCGCGAAGACAGGACCGAGCCGCCGUCCAUUCAGCCGAAUGUCGACCCGGUAGACCCCGGAGGCUACAACGCCAACGGCUGCAAUACUGCAGGUUGCAGCAGCGCAGAAGGGUCGUUUUCGGACGAGACUGACAAGGCUUCGGCGAAGUGUUUUUCCGAACUCUCACUCGAGAGCCACAACGGACCUGUCCGUCAGGUUCGGAUCCAAAUUAGUCGGCGAAAGUCGACGCCUAGUUCCUACGCGCCGCACCCAGACCACGCCCUGCAAGUUACUUGGGGCUCCUUUCUCAGUCCCACCGGCAGCGUUUGCGGCGGAGGCAGCGAAGCGGUGAGAAACCGCGAUUCAAAGCCAGGGUCCUCUUUUCGGACCCCGGAAAGGCGAAAACUAGAGUAUCCCGGUGUCGUGACGCCUGAGAUUCGACAGCGGGCACUGAGGCACCCGUUCGCGCACGUGUUUAACAACUGCGAUCACUUUGGCGUAAUUGUUAAUGCGCGCGCACACGUGUGUGCGAGCGAGCGCGCGCACCAGUGCGCUUGCGGUUCGAGGCCGGCGACAGCGCCAGCGGCCGGCGAGGGUCCGGAUAUAGCGCAGCCGUCUGCGCAGAACAAGUGGUCGUUCAGGCCGCGAACUUCUGGGCCGAGUGAGACUUCUGGCGAAGCCCGCGGGAGUCUCGCACUGCAAAAAGAUUCGUGCGCGGCCUCGCACAACACGUCCACGGCUGCUCAAUGUCUUGCGGAGAUGCCAGAGACGGUCAGUGAAGACAAUUGGCUUCGACAAUUGCGCAUCAGGCUAUUCGGGGCCUGCUUCGACCCGCGGCGUUUCACCCAGGAUUGGGAAAAGCGGACCGAAGACGCCAGUUUCAGCGACGCUCCCUCUUGCUUCAGCGACCCGCAACAGCAACCCUACCCCUACAACGCUUACCCCCACAAUGCUUACCCUUACGAUGCGUAUCCGCCUCCGCCGAGUCGCUCCCUGGGAUUGGCGUAUCCCUCUGCGGACUACUACGGUCGUAGCCAGAAUCGCUUUAGUGGCCGGCUCGGCACUGGACAGUUUGCAGAAACCCCCGCUUGCGGCGCAGUCAGCUGCUCGGUCCCAGCAUGCGGGGUACCCGCCUGUGGCUACGUCGGCGUGCCUGGGUAUCCAGAACGGCUUGAUCGUCAACCUAGCCAGGUCCGACCGGUGAGCAACGUGGGUGCCCACGCAACCAAUGUCUAUUCCACCAAGCCGUGUCGCGUGAACCGCCCCAGUAAGCCGGAGAGACCGAGACGCCCGAGCAACCUGGGUUGGCAGCCUGAGACAGAGCGGUCUCAGUUGGCUACCGGGAAUAUUGCGGCCGUCAGUGGCGACAGCCAGGCGGCGGGGCGCGGCGGACGACGGUAUGAGUCGCUGAGUAAUAGGUUGACCAAAUCUUUUAAGGAGAUGUCGAGGAAUAUGAAAGGGAGGAUGGCACCGAAGACUACGUCAGAGCGUCCUAUGUGGGGUGAUCCGUCACGGGCUGACUCCAGCUGGUUGGCUCCCGCGAGCGCCGUGGCAACUCGUCACAAGACUCGGGAGCAGGUGGUAAUUCCUGACUGGUUGUUGUGGUCAUUUUCUGGUGUGCUGGAGUUUACUGGAAUGAUCUUGACGUUCCGAGCGCUGGAGGGUACGUAUGCGUCAAAGUGCACGACGCAUAAGCAUUGGUUGAUAGUGUUGAUCGGAACGUUGCAGAUGCUUACGGAUCAUGAGACGUACGUCUUUUCAGUGGUUGGCCUCGCCUUAGUGUUGAUCGGUCUGAUAACGAGUUUGAUUACCGGUCUGACGAUGGAACCGAAAGUUCGAGUAUACGGAGAGAAUCACAGUGGGGCUGUGUUUGCACUGGCUGCGGGAAUUUGUUCGUCGGUCCAGAUUUGUUUCCACGAAUUGUUAUUGAGCGUUCGACCAACACGUGUGGCUGGACUAUUUUGGGAGAGUCUGGCAAGCAUUUAUGUUGCGGUGGGUCUCCUUCCGAUUUUGAAGGAGACGGGUGUGAUUGACCUGGAGUUAGGUCUGAGGAAUGUGCGUCGUUCGAUUAUUUGGAUCUUAGUUUUUUUCGGUUCCGCUACGAUCAGCAUUUGUGUGAAUCGGUGCAAUAGGAAAUGGUCGAGUUCGUUCACUCGGUCUUUGAUCUUCGUUCUACAGUUACCUGUUGUAUAUGUAUGCGAAGUUUUUGUGCUCAAAUGGCGCCCACCAGGAGUCCUGGACUUUGUCAUCAUGUUCGCAUUCCUCUUAGGAUUCGCUGUUAGCACCACAUGCAUUCCCUAUCAGUAUGUUAGUCAUUCGCUGAACGACUUUAUGUUCCGAACCGUAUUCGUGCGCCACACGGGGUCCUGCGAUUGCGCUCAUAGUUCGGAACCAUCCUUUGCGCAAUGUCCAGCCAAUGUCUAG